AUGUCUGCCUAUCCUAACCACCCUUCCGGUUACGGCUACCCACCGCCGGCGAGCCCCUUCGCCUCGCUUCUGCCGUCGACAUUCGCUCCCGGCACCGACCCGACCGUCGUGGCCUGCUUCCAGCUCGCAGACCAAGACGGAAGUGGUUUCAUCGAUGACGUCGAAAUGCAGAGAGCACUCUCUUCUCACGACCAAAGCUUCAGCUUAAGGACCGUUCAUCUCCUCAUGUUUCACUUCACUGACACCAAUCUCAACAAAAUUGGACCCCUUGAAUUCACCUCUCUGUUUCAGAGUCUACAGAAUUGGAGGGGAAUUUUUGAGAGGUUUGAUAAUGAUAGGAGUGGCAAAAUGGACUCAUCUGAAUUGCGUGAUGCUCUGCUGAGUUUGGGUUAUGCUGUUUCUCCUUUGGUGUUGGAUUUGCUCGUCUCCAAGUUUGACAAAACUGGUGGAUUAAACAGGGCUAUAGAAUAUGACAAUUUCAUCGAAUGUUGCAUCAUUGUUAAGGGAUUAACUCACAAGUUCAAAGAAAAGGAUAAUGAGUUUAUGGAUUCUGCAACAUUUACUUACGAGUCUUUUAUGCUCACAGUCCUACCAUUUUUAGUAGCUUAA